GCCCCCACCUGGCGCGCGCGGGGCGGACGGGAAAAUGGCGGCGCCCAUGAGUGAGGGGUCUCCCGCCUUGGAGCCUGGCGCUGCUCCCUACGGCAACUUCCCCAAUUAUUCUCGUUUCCACCCGCCCGAGGGGCGAGUAAGCCUCCUGCCUGGUGGGCUUUUGCGGAGCCUGUUCCCCUCGGCGGCCCCCCCGCUGCUGGGGCUCGAUGUGGGGUGCAACUCGGGGGAGCUAAGUGUGGCUCUGUACAGGCAUCUGCUUGGCCUUCAGGAGAGCGAAGGCAGCCUGGAGCAGCCUGCAGCUGGAAAGGAUCUGAACCUUUUGUGCUGUGACAUUGAUCCGGUGUUGAUUGAGAGGGCUCAGCAGUUCAGCCCCUUUCCUGCCUCCAUAUCAUUUGCCCAUCUGGACAUCAUGGACUCCAGUGCCAGGGAGCCAUUCCUGAGUUCCUACCUGGGCCGUUUUGGCCGCUCCACCUUUGACAUUGUUUUUUGCAUGUCUGUGACCAUGUGGAUCCACCUGAAUCAUGGAGAUAGUGGCCUGAUGGAGUUCCUGUCCUUCCUCUCUUCUCUGUGCAAGUACCUGCUGAUUGAACCUCAGCCGUGGAAGUGCUACAGGGCAGCUGCACGCCGCCUGCGGAAGCUGGGCAGAAAGGACUUUGAUCACUUCCGAUCUCUUGCUAUCAAUGGGGAUAUGGCAGAGAGGAUAACCCAGAUCUUGACAAAGGACUGUACCAUGGAGCUGGUGUGUUGCUUUGGGAACACCAGCUGGGACAGAAGUCUCUUGCUUUUUAAAUCAAAUGGCUCAAAUGACAAGGGCAAGGAGUCUUCAGAACAGGAAUAGUGACUGAUAAAUGGCUUCUCAUGUUCAUGAAUCCAUAGGCAAGGAGGUGCUUGCUGUUUAGAGAGGCAGAUCUAGGAAUUCCUAAAUCCCUAUUGGAACCAGACCUUGACCUCCCUGGGGAGUUAGAGGCAAGUAAUGUCUGUGUGAUUUCUUUUUUCUUUCCACCUGCAAAAUGCAGUGGCAGUUUUCACCUGCUUAGUGGGUUCUGAGAUUGCUGUUCCUAGAAAGUGCUCUUGAAAUCAAAGUUGCUACAUAUGUGCUUGCUAUGUGUCCCAAGAAUACUUCUGGGAAGAAAAGAGAACAUACUGGUUUUGUCCCUGGAGCUUUUCAAGGAAAGGGGACAUUUCUGUUGACCCACACAAUGUACUAUUUGUUCUGCUUCUUGUCAUGUUUUCUGUAUAAAAUGCUCUUGGAAAACAUAUAACCUGGUUUCCUAGCUGUGAAGAAGUGAGUUGGAUCAUUGCUGAGGGUGUCUGGUCGACAGGUUACCCAGAGAAGUUGUAGAUGCCCCAUCCCUGGAAACAUUCAAGGUCAGGUUGGAUGGGGCUCGGCAAUUUGAUCUAGUGGAAGAUGUCCCUGCUCAUUGCUGGGGGUUGGACUAGAUGAGCUUUAAAGGUCCCUUCCAACCCAAUCUGUGCUUCUGUGAUAUAUUGGUCAGGCUGUGAUCAAUGCACGGGCUGGCCUGGAGUGUGCUGUGGAGCUUGUCAGUAGUGUGAGCUUUCUGUGGAGUAAGGGAUUUCUACGACAGGCAUGUGUUCAUUUCGGUGUAUAACAGAGAGUGCUUUUUGUAAUAAUAUCCUUGAAAUAAAAAUAACUUAAUUUUAUUGUAAA